CGUGGGAAAGUCACACUGACAACACACUGCAACACUGCAACACUACAACACUGCAACACUGUAACACUACAACGCUGCAACAUGGCUCGUGUCCUGCUGCAGUCCAGAGUUGUCGGUGUGUUUCAGCUCAGCAGGAAAACGUCUCUGCUGCCCGCGGCUCGGCUUUGCUCCCAGAACCAGCCCGAGCCCCUGACGCUGCAGGAGCAGAGCAACGGAAUCAGGAGAAUCAUAUUAAACAAUCCCAAGAAGAGGAAUGCUCUAUCUUUGUCUAUGCUGGAAUCACUCAAAAAGAACAUUGUGACUGAUGUCGACAGCAACGAUUUAAGAGUUAUUAUCAUAUCGGCCAAAGGUCCAGUGUUUUCAUCGGGUCAUGAUCUGAAAGAGCUGACGUCAGCUCAGGGCCGCGAGUAUCACACAAAGGUGUUUCAGACCUGUUCAGAGGUGAUGACUCUGAUUCAAGACAUACCUGUUCCAGUGAUGGCUAUGGUAAAUGGUGUCGCCACGGCGGCUGGUUGCCAACUUGUUGCCAGUUGUGAUAUUGUUGUGGCAACAGAGAAGUCCACCUUUGCCACUCCAGGUGUCAACGUGGGUCUGUUCUGCUCAACUCCAGCGGUGGCCAUCGGCAGAGCUGUGCCAAGGAAGGUUGCCAUGGAGAUGUUGUUCACAGGAACUCCCAUUUCAGCCCAUGAUGCUCUACUGCAUGGACUGAUUAGUAAGGUGGUGCCGGAGGCACGGUUGGAGGAGGAGACGUUAGCCAUCGCCCAGAGAGUGUGCCAGGCCAGCCGGCCAGUAGUAGCUCUUGGCAAAGCCACUUUCCAAAGACAAAUGGCUCAAGGCAGAGAUGCAGCUUAUGCCACUGCUUCCAAGGUGAUGGUGGACAACCUGGCUCUGAGAGAUGGGCAGGAGGGGAUCCAGGCCUUUAUAGAAAAGCGAAAACCAGUGUGGAGUCAAAAAGCAGAAAAAGCCCACGACUGAUUCACUAUUGGAGAUGCCUGUUUCCUGUUAUCUUUACCAGGACACAUGGUCAUUGGUGUGGAGCAAUUAUCACAAUGUUUUUGUUAAUCGAUGAACCAUGCUGCUAGUAAAAUGUUUGUUAGUAAUGAACAAACUCAUCUGCAUUUAAUAUAUGACUUCAUCUUCUCUGAUAAUUUCUUAUUUUGCUAAGAAGAAAAGCUCCACCAUUGAGUGCCUUCAAAGCUGCAGAUCACAUGAUAGACUUAACGACCGUAAGAAUACUACACUGUAUUUGCGUGAUGUGGAAUGGAUUUUCAAAUUGUACAGCAAAUGACUUCCAAUGAAAAUCUUCAUGUAUCUAUAUAUACUUCACGGAGUGCAUGGAUAGUGAGUCCAGUGAUUAAGCUUAAGAAAAGCAUCUAAUUAUUAGUUGGAAACGUUGUACAGAAGUUAAGGUUAAAGAUGACUUCAGUGCCCAUAGUUUUCAAGUGGUUUUACUGUGAAAUUGUGCCGCAGAUUGUAUAUAAAUCAUAUGUAAUUUGACAGAUUUUUUUUGUCAUAAAAUAAUGCUAAAUUUUAAA